ACUGAAGACGGGUGGUGGUUUUGUUGGCCUGAUACGGCUCUUGGUUUAGGCUGACUCCCUGUGGAUUCAGGCUGACAACCGAGGUUGGUGAAAGGGAAAUCUUUAGGGGUCAGUGCCAACUGUGCCACCAUGUCAUUCCGACUUAAAAGUGGAAGUUACAACCAUGAAUACCACCACAAACAGAGCCAGCGUGUGGUUAAAGAGUACAGCAGCUCUGAGACUAUGGAGGAAAGAUACGAAUAUAAAACACAAGCUCGGAUCCAGGAAGUUGUAAAAGCAAAGAUGGUGGAUAAAUAUGUGCGUGAGGAGCCCAUGAUCAGAGGACCGCAGUUCCUGGUCAGACUCAGAUCCCACACUGUGUUUGAAAAUACUCCAAUCAAACUCUUCUGCACUGUUCAAGGCUUUCCCAUGCCAGUUGUUAAAUGGUACAGAGACGGUGUGAUCUUGGACUUGUCCUCUGGAAAGUAUUUGGUUGAAGCCAGAGGAGACAGCCAUUCCCUUGAGAUACCAAAAUGUACAACUGACGACACAGCUCAGUAUACUGCUGUGGCGGGAAACUCCCAUGGGCAGGUCUCCUCCCAGGCGUCUAUCAUUGUAAAGCGAUACAAGGAGGAGGAGGAGUCUAGUCCAUAUGCAUGGUUACCUUUUACAGCUGCCAUGCUUCCCAAGAUUCAUUACACAAAGAUCAACAUUACAUUUGUGGAGAAGUUUGGACCGGUGUUUGCCACUGAGGGAGAAUCUGCCACCUUGUCUGCCACCAUGACUUUAAACCCAAACCUGGCCAACCUUCAGCCAGAGGCACAGUGGUACAGAGAUGACACUCGUCUGUUUGAAUCUAAGUGGGUAAAGAUUGAAACGGGCAGAGGUUUCACCACCUUGACUAUUCCAAAUCUUUACAAGGAUGAUGAAGGCCUGUACACUCUCCGCAUGGUCACGAAGGGAGGCACUGCAGAACACAGUGCUUUUGUUUCAGUGGCAGAUGGUCCUCCACCAGUUCCAAGUGCACCUGGUGCCCCGAUGGACAUCAAGAUCCAUGACGCCAACAGAGACUAUGUCAUUGUGUCAUGGAAGCCCCCUAACACAACUACAGAGGGCCCAAUCCUGGGAUACUUUGUAGACAAAUGUGAGGUUGGAACUGACAACUGGACCCAGUGCAAUGACCACCCCAUUAAAAUCUGCAAAUACCCAGUGUCAGGACUGUUUGAGGGACACUCCUAUUACUUCAGAGUCAGAGCUGUCAACUCCAAAGGAAUUAGCAAACCCUCCCGCAUGUCAGACCCCAUUGCUGCACUGGACCCGACAGAGUUUGAGAGGCUCCACGCUAAAAAGCUCGGAGGACAGCUGGAUGUUGUCUCCUACCACGAGGUAGAAGAAGCUGAGGGAAACCCCCCUGGUGUUCCAUCAGGAGUUCAAGUGUGUGAAAUAGACAGAACUUAUGUUGUCUUGAGCUGGAAAUCUCCUCCAUAUUAUAGCAAGGCUCCCAUGUGGUACUACUUAGAAAAGCUCAUGGCAGGCAGCAAUGCAUGGCAGCGCGUUAACACCCAGGUGCCCAUUCGAUCUCCCCGUUACGCCGUCUUUGACCUGGCUGAGGGGAAAGAAUACAAAUUCAGAGUUUUGUCUGCCAACAUGCAUGGAACCAGCGAGCCCUCAGAGCCAACUGAACUGAUUCAAACUCUUCAACUCAAAGGUGUACCUUCUGCUCCUGGUCAAGUGAUUUCUACAAGAGAAACAGACACUUCUGUCCUCAUCCAGUGGGCUCCUCCAAAGGAACCCAACAACCUGAUUGGGUAUUACAUUGAUCAGUGUGUGGCUGGGUCUAAAGACUGGACAUCAGCUAACCACAAACCUCACAAGCAAACCAAAUUUGUGGUUAGCGGUCUGACCAAAGGACAAACAUAUGUGUUCCGUGUCCAGGCCAUUAAUGAACUGGGCCUCAGUGACGAAUCCCAGGAAUCUGCACCUCUCACUGUCAAAGCUGCUCUAACACCCCCUUCUGCUCCCUAUGACGUUGCCCUGCUGAACUGUGAUGGUCACUCAAUGGUUCUGAACUGGAAGAAGCCUCUUCACUCAGGAGGUUCAGAGGUCAAAGAGUACUACGUGGAUAAACGCCGCAGUGGAACAACCUUGUGGAGGGAGGUUCACAUCCCACCGGUCCAUGAGAGACUUUAUAAGGUGGAAGGCUUGACUGAGGGAGCUGUCUAUCAAUUCAGAGUUUAUGCAGCCAACCUGGCUGGCCUUGGACCAGCUUGCAAACAUUCGACCGACUUUACUUGUGAGGCAUGGAGAAUGCCAGAGCCAGGCCCAGCCUAUGACUUGACAUUCUGUGAAGUGAGAGAUAAUUCAUUGGUUGUCGAGUGGGAAGAGCCUAUCUAUUGUGGUUCUGGACCAAUCACAGGUUAUCAUGUUGAGUAUGCUAAAAAAGACUCCUCUGACUGGGUUACUGCCAAUGAAGCAGCUGUCAGUCAUCACUUCUUGAAGGUAACAGGUCUGCAAGCAGGUGAAAGCUAUGUGUUCAGAGUGCGUGCCGUCAAUGCUGCCGGAGUGGGCAUGGCCUCAAUGGCUUCUGACCUGGUGACUGCCAAAGCUGUGGCAGGUUCUCAGGAGGUUUCCUGUGGGGUGGAUGAAAAGACAGGAGACAUCGUUCUGUCAUUUGAGUCCUGCCAACUAAGUGAUGAUUCUCAGUUCCUCUGGAAAAAGGAAUAUAAAGAAAUCACUGAUUUCUCCAAAGGACUAGUGAUAAAGACAGAGGGCAACCACUCCAAGCUGAUUUUUAAGAGCCCAGAUAAAGACGAUGUCGGAACAUACUCUGUUUCUGUCACCAACACAGACGGGGUGUCGUCCAGCUACACAAUCACCUCUGAAGAGUUGGCCAAGAUGCUGGCACUCAGCCAUGACAUCAGACACCCAAUCAUCCCGCUGAAAACCGAAUUGUCCUACAAGAUUUUGGAAAGGGGCAGAAUGAGGUUUUGGUUGCAGGCUGAAGAAAUUUCCUCCAAUGUCACCUACAAAUUCUUUGCCAACAACAAGGAGCUUUCUGGAGCUGAUCCCAACAAAAUGGGCCAUGAUGUUUCUACAGGUAUCAUUGAGUUCAUCCUGGACCACUUCACAGAGGAGAAUGAGGGGACAUUUACCUGCCAGAUCACUGAUGGCGGAGGCAAAGCACAGAGCUCUCUGGUCUUGAUUGGAGAUGCUUUCAAAGCAGCUUUGGCUGAAGCAGACUACCAGAGGAGGGAGUACAUAAGAGUGAAAGAGGGCCCUCACUUCAGCGAGUUUCUGACACUUCAGGUUGGAGAUGACUGCUCUGUCACUUUAGUCUGCAAGGUUGCUAACCUGAAGAAGGAAUCAGAGUUCCACUGGUAUAAAGAAGACACAGAGAUUAUCCCAGACGUGAAGCCCGAUCUUGGAUCAGGCGUCUGCAAACUGCCGAUUAAAGAGUUUUCACAAAAGUCAACAGGAGUUUAUAAAGCCACCAUCAGUGACGACAGAGGAAAAGAUAUGAGUCAAAUUGACAUCAGUGGAAAAGUCUUUGACGAUGCCAUAAACAAGCUCAGCCAACUGGCUGGAGCCAGUGCAGCAGAGCUGGUGAUUAAGUGCACAGCAACAGGUAUCCAGCUACAGUGUCACAUGAAGUAUUACACCUCAGAGAUGAACAUCACCUGGAAUCAUGGUGAGACUAAACUCUCACGCAGUGACAAGACUGUGAUUGGUGGGAAUCCCGCCAUGGCAACUAUGGAGGUAAUCGAGCCAGGGGAGAAGGAUAAGGGAUUGUACUCCAUCGUAAUCACAAAUGCUGAAAACUCUCACAAACGAACCCUGGACCUCAGCGGUGAUGUGUAUGAAAAAGCAUUUGCUGAGUUCCAGAAACUCAAAGCCGAGGCCUACGCUGAGAAAAAUCGUGGUAAGGUGGUGGGAGGACUGCCGGAUGUUGUUACCAUUAUGGAAAAGAAGACCCUCAGCUUAACAUGUACAGUCUGUGGAGACCCCAAACCUCAGGUGUCAUGGCUGAAAAAUGGAGCAGAGGUUGAACCUGACGACCAGUACGUGGUCUCCUUGGACCAGGGCAAGUUUGCAAGUCUGACAAUCAAAGGUGUUUCCAUGGAGGAUUCUGGCAAAUACACAAUGAUUGUCCAGAACAAGUAUGGAGGAGAGUCUGUGGAUAUAGUGGUCAGCGUGUACCGCCAUGGGGAAAAACUCCCUGAGGCAAAACCAACUUUGACCCCUAAAACAAUCAUCCCUCCGAAGCUUCCCAUUGAGAUUCCUCAGCCGAAAACCCAGCCAGCCAGCGCGGCUCCCAGCGCUGCAGCCAGCCCCGCUCCCAGCCCCGCACCUCCAAAGGCAGCGGCCGGAAGAGGGAUGAAGAGUCCUACUCCUUCUCGGAGAAAGUAACGCAUGUUGGAGUUAGGAAUUGGGAAGAAAACAAUUAGGUGCCCCAUUAAAGUCACACAUGAAAACUAAAUAAAAUAUGUGUUUGGAUCGUUGAAAACGUUUUUUGAAUGGAAAAAAGCAAAGUGAAUGAAAUGGAAAUUUUUGGAAAAAAAUCUGGUGACCAGUCCCAUGUUUAAAUUUAUAAAGCUCAGCACAUACAAAUUUGCUUCUGUAGAGUAUUGUCACCCACAGCAGUGUUUAGAUGCCUAAGCUCGUCGAAGCCACACACAGCCUUACGAUGUUUGUCCCUGCUGAGUCACGACAACUUGUUUGACACUUGGAGAAAUCUUGUUUUCAUUGUUUCCUGUAUUCUUUAUGGUGUGCAGCAUGCCACGGUUUGUUAGAUCUCUGGCACAAUUUCCUGCUUCUCUCCCAUGCCCCCUUUCCAACACGACCCCUUCGAAGACGAGGCCAAGCCAAGACACUUCACAGCCCGGUGGAGAGAGAUGGGCACACUCCGCCUGUGUGAUGAGUGACUUGGCUGGGUCUCACAGUCAUUAAAACAUUUACACAUUUUGGGUAAUGUCUCCCUUGUAACGUCGACGCACAGAACAACACAGGCUUGGUAUCGCGGCUCCCCUCCGCUGCUGCAUCAAACAAAAUCGAUGUUCAUGCUAUGUCAUCUCUGAAAAAUAUCUUUCAUCUUCCUGCCACCUCCUCAAUCCUUUCAACUUAUGGCUGAAAAUGUGAAACACCAUCCUCCUUCACAUCACCAUGGUGAGAUGCUGAACAUGCCGAAGAUUAGUUGGCAAUGAAUCAAGACUGAGUAACCUGAGCUGUGAAGUGGGACUGAGGCUGUAGAAAAACGGCCAUAACCCAGUUUCAAUUAUUUCUGCCAGCAUAGGAAAUCUCACAACAUCAAGGUGGGUUCUGUGUCACAUGCAAAUAAAAAUACAUAUUCCAUUCACUCCUCAAGGUCUUUAUCCAAAUGCAGAAAAGGACAACAAAUGUAGUAAGUAGUCAGCUUUAAAAACUCGUGCCCGAGUGCAGGAGGUUGCGAUGGCAGAGCUGAUAAAAGAGUGGUUAAUGAGAUUUGUGGUUCAUUAAAGCUGAUGAGAAGAGCAAACAAAGAGGGGAGAGGUAGAUUGUUGAGGGUAAAGCCAUUGUUUCUGUGUUUGCAGUUGCUAAUAAAAGAAAAGAAAACACUU